GACAUAAUCAGAACCAGAGGAGCAGGAGAUGUCAGAGGAAGAGAGGGCUGUCCGCGCACGGGGCUUUUCCAAAACAAAACCGAGGGCAAAGGGCAGCUGGCAGCGGUGACAGGACAGGACCCACGCGUGACAUGUGUGUUACGCGGGAAGGGCUCGGGUUUCCAGUGGUUUCCUGUGAAAAUGCGACACACAUACCUGCCACAGACUCAGCGACAGCCCAGAAGAGCCCCGGGCGCUACAAUGCUAAUGUUGUCGGGGGCUUUGACUUCUCCCAGCCAUUGCACCGAGGAGCUGCUGCGUGUGACAGGCGCGCACGGCUCCGCUGCUGCUCUCCGCGCUCCUCUGCUCUUUAAACCUUUGACUCCGCGCUUUAUUUUGACACAGGACGUAAAAAAAGAAAGAAAAGAAGACAAACGCAGCUCUGUUCGCUCCCUAAACGCGGCUCUGUAAAUGGACGAGACGGAUAUCAUGGACUUAACGCAUCAGAAGGCGAGGAAGCGCGCGCGUCCAAUCAGUUCCGCGGACGAGGCGGUGCACGCCACGCUCAAGCGGCUGCCCGUGCGAGCGGCCGAGAGCAGGGACAUGUACACGGCCGUGAGAGGAGAGCCGCUGCCCGCUGCCUCGCUCAAGCAGAAUGACCACUCCGUGAAUUCAUCCCCCAACACAGUGAUGCCGGUCCAGGAUAAUCGCUCCAGCAUGUCUCGGCCCAUGAUCACGCGGUCGCCAGUGUCCCCUCUGAGUAACCAGGGCAUCCCCACGCCGGCACAGCUCACCAAGUCCAACGCCCCUGUGCACAUCGACGUGGGCGGUCACAUGUACACCAGCAGCCUGGCCACUUUAACCAAGUUCCCAGAGUCACGAAUCGGCCGCCUCUUUGAUGGCACAGAGCCCAUAGUCCUGGAUAGCCUCAAGCAGCACUACUUCAUUGACAGGGAUGGACACAUGUUCCGCUACAUCCUCAACUUCCUCAGGACGUCCAAGCUGCUCAUCCCGGACGACUUCAAAGACUACAGUCUUCUUUACGAGGAGGCGCGGUACUUCCAGCUGCACCCCAUGCUGUCGGAGUUGGAGCGCUGGCGGCAGGACCAGGAGCUGAGCCGGGUGUGUCGUCCCUGCGAGUGUCUGGUGGUUCGCGUGGCUCCGGACCUGGGCGAGAGGAUCACCCUGAGCGGAGACAAGGCCCUCAUCGAAGACGUCUUCCCCGAGAUCGGCGACGUCAUGUGCAACUCGGUCAACGCGGGAUGGAACCACGACUCCACACAUGUCAUCCGCUUUCCUCUCAACGGGUACUGCCACCUCAACUCUGUCCAGGUGCUAGAGCGUCUGCAGCAGCGGGGCUUCGAGAUCGCCGGUUCUUGCGGCGGAGGCGUGGACUCCUCCCAGUUCAGCGAGUACGUCCUGAGGCGGGAGCUGCGGAGGACGAGUCACCGAGGAGCGCUCAAUUCAAACAGGAUAAAGCAGGAGCAGCUGGACUAGAGGCCUCCCACACACUAGGAGGUGCUAGACUUUUUACUUGUGGUGACUGAACGGCACUACCGAGUUUUGUGGACUAUUUACUUUUCCGAGUUCUGUUUUUUUUGCCAUGAGAAGAAAUUGUUUUGGCAUUUGUGAUUGUCUAACCCCCUUAAAAACGAAACGCUGGAUCCCAAAUAAAGAUUGUUUAAGCCUACAUUAGGUUAAAUGAGUUCCUAUGUUACCCCUUUAAAUUAAAAUCGCAUUGAAUUAUAUCGUAGUAUGUUGCUUAACUUGUCACCACUGAACUGAAUUACACGCACUGGCCAAUAUCUUUAUUUUUCGGUCCCACACAAGAGCUUUUUUUCAACAUAUUGUAAAGUUGUACCAAUGAAGUGUUUGAAGACGAUAUUGAUUUUCAUUUCCACAUCUCACCCAAAGAUUUAGUUUAAAAAGUCAAAUCUUGUCGUACGGGGAUUUGACUUUCUCGGUUGAAUUGGAUAGCACUACUGUAAAUGUUUCCACCACUGUAAAUGUGUUUGUGAUUUUUACAUUGAAUCUUUUUUAAAGGAGAACAUGUUGCCUCAGACUGGACUGAAAAGAUUGAAAGCUUAUUGUACUACCCACUUUUAGUCACUUUCGCAUUAAGAUAUGAAGUUGCUGAUAAAGUAUUUCUUGACUGACCCUCCUACGCUCCUUAAAUUUAAGUUUAGAGGAAUGUAGCAAAAUUUAAGUCGAAAACAUUUCAUUUGAAGUUGUUCUGGUGUCAUUCAUGUUGGAACUGUAUCCUGACUUGAUCGUGCACCUGUUGAGUCCAAAAAAUUUGAACGAAACAUUAUCCAAAGUAAACUUCCUGAUUCCCUUGUGUAGUGUUUUUGAAAAGAAACUUUUGACUUGACUUUGUAAAGUUUAACAAUUAUAUUGCACUUGUCUCAUAAUAUUACCAAGCCGCAUACAAUAAAUACAUUUUCCAG